AUGAAUCGUGAUGAUAUAGCAUCAUGUGCAAAAGAUAAAUUUGAUUUUAAUAUAACAUGUGCAAUUAUUGAUUCAAAUCAAAAUCAAAUUUAUAUUGUUCCUUUUAAUACAAAAUCAAUUCAAGUUUGGAAAAUUGUUGAUAUAAAAAAUCCAUUUAUUAUUAAGAUAAAAGAAAUUAUAGAAGAAGAAGAAGAUAAUAAUGAUAUUUAUAUUUAUGGUCUUGCACUUUCACCAAAUGAAUCUUGUCUUGUAUCAAUAUUAUCUGAUCAAUCAAUUGUUCUCUAUCAAAAUAAUGAACAACUUCAUUGUUUAUCCAAAUUAAAAAUUCCGGAUAAUCGAUCAUUUAUUUGUGAUUUUAAUUAUUGGGAUAAUAAAGUAUGUAUAGAAACAUUAGAAGAAUAUCGUUAUGAAUCUAAUCAAUUAAAUGAAUGGCCACGUUUUUGUCGUCGAACAUCAAAUGAAUCAUAUUUAAUUGAUUGUCAAAUAAAAGAUCAAACUGAAAAUGAAACAGAUGAAGAAAAUUCUAAUAUAAUAUCACUUUCAAAAGGUGAAUAUGGUCAAGCAUUACGUGUUUGUAAAGUAUUUAAUCGAAUAGAUUUAUCUGAUCAAAUACAUGAAAAAGUUUUACGUUUAUCAUCAUCACAAUUAGGUGCACAUUUAACGCGAAUUCAAUCACGUCUUCAUGUUCUUCAAUUAUCUACAACUAUUUUAUAUCCAACAUUUAAUGAACAAUUUAAUUUAAUACAAUUUGGUCUUAAUCAAGCAACAAGAAAACAAUUAUUUGAUAAUUUAUAUUAUUCAGAUCAACCUUUUUUUUCAAACAAUUUAUGA